UGUAGAGCUUGUUGGAGGGUGGAAGCGGUUGUACCUGGAGACGACAGGCGCCAUGUUCUGGGUAAGGACAGUCGGGACGGCGCUGAGGAGUGGUUCCCGGUUUCUGCAGGGUCGGAGUCCUGGCAAGCCCUCGGUCAGGAGAGCUGGUGAUGGGCCACAUAUUGAGCCCCAAUAUCGACAGUAUCCACAAUUGACCAAAAAUCAAGUACUGGAGGCUGAGUUUCUUAGUGGUUUCAUGUGGUUCUGGAUUUUCUGGCAUCUAUGGCAUGAUCCUGAUGCAGUCCUUGGUCAUUUUCCUUAUCCUGAUCCCUCCAAAUGGACUGAUGAGGAGCUGGGCAUACCUCCAAUUGAUGAGGAAUAACCUGAACUAGCUUUGUUGAAAUUGUUUCCUUGGUGGUCAUUUCUGGGGAUGUUCGUCUGACAUUUGGUUUUAAAAAAAACCUACUGUAAAUUAAAUUGAAAUAAAUAUAUUAUUUGGACAAUUA